CUCUGGCUCGCCUUUACUCUCCUAUCCCGACUGACGUUGGACAACAAAGAUGGCGGCAGGAACCAGCAAUUACUGGGAAGAUCUCAGGAAACAGGCUCGACAGCUGGAAAAUGAACUUGACCUGAAACUAGUUUCCUUCAGUAAACUAUGUACAAGUUACAGUCACAGCAGUGCCCGAGAUGGAAGACGCGACAGGUAUAGCUCUGACACAACACCGCUUUUAAAUGGAUCAAGCCAAGACAGAAUGUUUGAAACUAUGGCAAUUGAGAUUGAACAGCUUUUGGCAAGGCUUACAGGAGUAAAUGAUAAAAUGGCAGAAUAUACUAACAGUGCAGGUGUCCCCUCCUUGAAUGCGGCUCUGAUGCAUACGUUACAGCGACAUAGAGACAUAUUGCAGGAUUAUACACAUGAAUUCCAUAAAACCAAAGCAAACUUUGUGGCAAUACGGGAAAGGGAGAAUCUCAUGGGAUCAGUACGAAAGGAUAUUGAGUCAUAUAAAAGUGGGUCUGGAGUAAACAACAGAAGAACUGAACUAUUUUUGAAAGAACAUGACCACCUACGAAACUCAGAUCGUCUAAUAGAAGAGACAAUAAGAAAAGCUCCAGUAGUACAAAGAAUUUCCAUAUACCUUUACUUAGACUCCCCAAAUGUUAUCAUUUUGCCACAUUUGCUUUUACACAAUUUUUUUUUCUGAAUUGCUUGAAAAGUUGCAGACAUGAUGUGUAUUUACCUCUAAAUAUUUCAGUGUUCAUAUCGUAAAUAUUUAUGUUGAAAUGGACUCAUGGAUUCUUAUUUUGUUCGAUGGAUCCUGUCAUUAUUUAAUAAUCUUAAUAAACUGUAAUCUUUUAUAAUAAUAUGCAGUUAUCAUGUCUUGGAAUUUUGUUUGAAUUGCAUGCACUGGGUCUUCCACCUGACCAGUGUUUUCACAAAAUUGCCUAGUUGUCGACUGAAGUAUCUCCCUUGUGACUCCUUCCCUUUCAUCAGCACAUAAAGUUGGGUCACAUUUUGCCAGGGAUUCUUAAAGUUUCCUUAUAAUCAUUUUCCUUUCUUUGCUUCCUUUUAUUUCUUCCUUUAUACCUUAUCUUCUAGGAGCAGGCUGCCUUAAGCUUUUCAAUUCAAAGCUGGCCUAUUUAAGGGCUGGUAUGAGUAUAAAAAUUUGGAGUACCUCAUAGGAUAGGAACAUUUGAGAACUAUCAAGUCACUGAUGUUAUUAUUUUGCUAGUUAAAAAGCAAAAAAACAUGUGAUUUGGAGAUCUUUUAUUUCACUAUUUCUCUUUGUUUCAAAAUAUGAUAGGCAUCAUAAGUGAAAUUUUACUGAAUAUAAAGCUAGUUAUGAUUACUUAUGGAUAAUAUAAAAUUUAAGUGUAAAAUAAUUAUUUUUACAUAUUCUACAUGUAAAAUUUUACCUUUUCCUUUUGGAGCUAUAUUUUUAGAAUAUAUACACAACUGAAUAUAAACUGGCAUCAAUUUAUUGAAAAGAACGAAUAUUUUUAAUAUUUAUAAAUGUAUUCUUAAGCUUUAAAUGUAUAACUAGUAUUGUCUGUUGUUGAAAAAAUAAGUGUCUGAGUUUAGUUCGCAGAACAGGUGAGAAAGUUGAAGUUCCAGUAUACACAUCAAUGAUUUAUCAUUUUAAAAGCAUCAUAUAUUAUUUGGAGCUGAUGUUUUGCCUCUACAUACUUGGCCCUUGAAGUAACAACAGCCUAGAUUUCACUCAGCUUGACUCCAGAUGAUGGAAUGAGAUGGGAAAGUAUAUCUAGAUACACUUUGUGUGGUACUGGAAAUCAUGCAUAUUCAACAAGAUAAUAACAUAAUGUAUGACGAUAAUAUCCCUUCUCCAAGGAAUACAAAGUGCUUUGCAGAAAUUAUUUUUUAAUUUCCCUAUCUACUUCUGAAUCAGAGUGCAUAGGAGAUGGUGAUAGACCCAGUUUAAAAAAAAGAGGCAUAUAUAUUUCAAAGAUUGGCCUCAGAUUGCUCAGCCCAGGUUUGAAGUGUUACUUUUUGCAAGGCCAUAAUAUCUAUUUAAAAAUAUCUGGUAAAGUCAAUUUAUUAUGAAACAACCACAUUUUAAAUGUAUCAUAUUCUGUCAUAGAUGUACACUUAACCUGAAAAAUUAUGAAUAAGAACUAAUGAUGCAAAGGAUGUUGUUAGUGUGACUCUUCUUCUUGUGAUCUUUUUUUACUUUUUGGAUCUAAAAUUCAGUAUGUUAUGAAGUUGACAUUGCUCGCCUCUUUCUGCUCUGAUCUUGACUGGCUGUGCGCUAGACCUGGUACAUUCACUGUCCUGGUCCUGGAAUAUCCUUUCACCAUUAUCCUAAAAUGACCUGCUUUAUUGGAUCACUUAUUUCUUUAAAAAAAAGGGGGGGGGGACUUCUACUUUCUUAGUUUAUUCCCUCAUUAUGUUGGACCAUGUUCUUUAGUAUCUUCCUCAGAAAGAACAGGAGGUAAAUUUUUUUGACUUUACAUCUCUAAGAAAGUAUUCUACCCAUAUUCUUGAUUCAUUGUUUAGCUCACAUAUAAUUCUAGGUUGAAAAUAAUUCUGAGAUUUUUGAAGGCAUUGUUUCCAGUGCUGCUUUUAAAGUCCAGUACCAAUUAAAAUUUCUGAUCCUUGGUAUAUGAUCAGCUUUUUUUCUCUGGAAGCUUUUAGAAACAUCCCUUUUCCCCUGUGUUUUUGUUUUUAAUCUCACCAUAAUGAGCUUGACAUGCAUCUUUUUUGGUCCAUUGAACUAGGCAUUUGGUGGGCUCUUACAAUCUGGAAACUUAUCUUCAGAUCUGAGAAAUUUUCUUAUGUUUAUCAUUUUUUCCCUCCCUCAUCCUUUUUUUUAAUAUACAAUUUAUAUUUGUCAAAUAUACCUAAAUAAAACAGGGGGAAAAGAAGAAUUCACCUAAAAUACAACCAUUGGAUUGGUUAAUAAUUUGGUGUGUAGUCUUCCUUAUUUUUCUUUGUCUCUUUUUGUGUUAAAAAUAAUAAAAACUAUGAACAUAUUCAUAGAUAUAGACAGACACGUGUGUAGUUGUGUAUUUAGAAGAAGUGGAAUGAUAUUAAUCAUAGAAGGUUAGUAUGUGCCAUCACCUAACUUGUUCAUGACUUAAAUCAGUUAAGUUGUGAGAGGGCCAUAUGGGUAAGUGUUAAUAAGAGAGAAGGAGGGAAUUGCCUGUAGAACACUGGUUAUGGACACUGGAAGUGGGGUUCCUGUUCUUGACCAAGGAUGAUCUUGGGCAGUGGAAAUCCAUGAUGGUCUAGGGAGCUGCCCAGUUGUAACCAGCUCCUGAAUGGUGGAGCCACAUUCCUUUAAUGGCCGUGCCAUGUGGUAUGUGGGAUCUUGGUUUCCUGACAAGGGGUCAAACCCACACCUCUUGCAGUGGACGCGUGGAGUUUUAACCACUAGACUGCAAGGGAAGUCUGCCUUUUUUUUUUUCCCCCCAACUUUUUUUUUUUUUCAUUGACGUAUAGUUGCUAUACAAUACUAUGUAAGAUACACAUGUACAAUAUAGUGAGUUACAGUUUUUAAAGGUUAUACUGGAAGCAGAUACAGAGAAUGGACUGGAGAACUCGAGGUUUGGGAGGGGGCGGGGGAUGAAGGGGAAGCUGAGACGAAGCGAGAGAGUAGCACAGACAUAUAUAUACUACCAACUGUAAAAUAGAUAGUCAGUGGGAAGUUGUUGUAUAACAAAGGGAGUCCAACUCGAGGAUGGAAGAUGCCUUAGAGGA